GCAGGCGCCUGCCUCCUCUUUCCGCAGCCUCGGAACCGCGUUCAGAGGCGGGCGGAGCGGUGCUGAGGGGCGGCGGCGGCCCGAUCCAACUCCCGCAUUGGCGGAGGCCGCGAUCCGUUAGUGGCUUUGUAGCCUUUGGGAGCCGUCCAACAAGGGGGCGCCGGGCAGGCAGCGCACAGCGCGCCGUGACAGAAGCAAAGCAACCGUGCAAGCGGGAGUGAGCUGCAGAACUAGGUCAGCCGCCCUCAUAAAUACUGUAGCGUGUAAACCGAGGCUGGUUAACUUCAUAACAAAGACCACGCCUGCUGCUGGGAUUGCAAUCGCAUAUGAAAUCAGCGACAACCUCUCGUGUAAGUGUAAGAAUCGACACACGGGUCUUCGCCUGCAACAAUGGACAGCUGGAAAAUGGGAUAUGUCCACAUUCAAGAUGAGGUCCACGACCUACAAUCUGUGCACGUAAAACCAGAGCCCCCAGAACUGCAGACGAGGAAGAAGAACCCCAGAUUCCAAUACUCCGAUUAUCCUUCCUUGCACAAGUGCAUACAGCAGCUUACUGUACCCCCUAUAGACACCUGGAAGAGGAGAUCCCUUCAAGAGAGGGUCCCGGAAUUAGAACCUGUCCACAUCAAACAAGAACCGGAACCUGUUCAAGAAGAAUUCCCAGAUCUUCAUGUAGUCCAAAUUAAAGAGGAGACCCCUGAACUAGAAUCUGUCCAUGUAAAAGAGGAGGACUCUGUCCAUGGGGUGUCUGGAUUUCAAUAUGUGGACUAUCCUUCUUUACUGCAGUGCCUUCAACAGCCACCUGCACCCCCAGGAGAAGACUGGAAGAAGCACCCAGAAACUCCCCUUGAACGAAGGGUCCAAGCGGAAAUCCCUGGAACAGACUCGGCAAAUCCUAACGACAGGGGGUCUGGAUUUCAAUACGCAAACUAUCCUUCUUUGCUGCAGUGUCUGCAACAGCCUCUGUUAGGAAGCUUGAAGGUCAAACCAAUGCCAGAAGAUGGUCCUCAACUGUGCUAUCACGAGAAACCAGACCCCUUUAUUGAGGCUGAAUUGGAUUGUGGGGCUCCCGGAAGACAGCAUACGCCCCCCGUCACCAGCUGUGAAGAGAAAUCCGUCGGCUUCUUCGACCACGAAGGCGGAGAAAGUUCCGGAAAAAAUCGCCAGCAGAACCCCGUGCCCCUCUUCAUCUGCCCGGACUGCGGGAAGAGCUUCCGGGAUUUGAGGAAGCUCCAGAUCCACGGUCAGACGCACAAGGGCAGGACUCUGCACAAGUGCCAGCAGUGCGGGGAGACUUUCCGUCACCUAUCCACCUUCCGGAAGCACCAGAGAACUCACAGCGGAGCGGCUGUGCAUACCUGCCCGGACUGCGGCAGGAACUUCUCCAGAUCGGACAGCCUCAAGAUCCAUCAGAGAACGCACACGGGAGAAACACCGUACAGCUGCAACGACUGCGGGAAGAAUUUCAGCCAUUUGGGCAACCUGCGAACGCACCAGCGGAUUCACACAGGAGAGACGCCGUACUGGUGCGCGGAGUGCGGAAAGGGGUUUAAGAGGCUGGAUAACUACAAGGAACACCAAGAGGUGCACAGAGGAGAGACCCCUUUCCUGUGCGCGGAGUGCGGGAGGCGCUUCAGUCAACUGGGAAGCCUCAACAGGCACCGCAAAACUCACGCAGGCGUGGCCACUCAUCACUGCACACGGUGCGGGAAAAGUUACUGCCACUCGGCUGCCCUGAAAACGCACCAGAGAACUCACGCAGCACAGGCUGACCCUGCACAGGACACACACACAGGCUGACUCUGCACAGGACACACACAGCACAGGCUGACCCUGCACAGGACACACGCAGCACAGGCUGAUCCUGCAUAGGACACACACAGAGGCUGACUCUGCACAGGACACACGCAGCACAGGCUGACCCUGCACAGGACACACGCAGCACAGGCUGACCCUGCACAGGACACACGCAGCACAGGCUGACCCUGCAUAGGACACACACACAGGCUGACCCUGCACAGGACACACACACAGGCUGACCCUGCACAGGACACACGCAGCACAGGCUGACCCUGCAUAGGACACACGCAGAGGCUGACCCUGCACAGGACACACACAUAACAGGCUGACCCUGCACAGGACACACACACAGGUUGAUCCUGCACAUGCACAUCCACAAUGCCUGUGGUGAACUUCUGUAAGGGGGUGUUGCUAUACUAUUUAGGUUUCAAUGUGCAAUAUUGAAAGAGGUGUUAUUUCCUGCUUUCAGUUAGUGUUGCACUUCCUUGAUCACCUGUAACUGCCCCUCCCUCCCUUUCAAUGCAUUCUUUCCCAUCAUUAACCAACCAGCCAGACCCCUAUUGAAUGACAUGCUUGCAUCCAGCCAGUCACAUGACCUGAACACACUGCUGAGAUGAAGUGACCCAGGAAGUGACGAAUUGAAAGCAAGGCAUGCAAAUUGAGAGCCGUCUUUAACCUAGUGUGGUAUCAGAUUUUUAAAACUGAAAAUACAUGUACGUAUGGAAUAGGGCUUCUGUCGAAACCCGCAGUCUACAUAGUGAAUGGAAGAUGUAUGGAAUUAUUACCUUGACGUUACACCACGCAGGAGACUAUAGUUGGACUAUAAUGAAAGUUUUUCUCUUCCAGUCGCUGUGUCUCCUACUUUCUCACGCAGGAAAAGCCUGGGACAAUCCAAGAGCAGUUCUUCGUGUGUGACUCCUCUGCUUCCUAUGUAAAUAUACGUUUUCGGUCGGAGUAUAUGAAAAGGUGCUGCGUGUAGGAUUAUUAGUGAAGUGGUAGUGCAGUGGCACUUCUGUUCACAAAAUCAAGGUUUAAAAUCCGUUUUCUAGCGCUAUCAGCAUUAUCACUGCCCACCUUUUUUUGGGGCUCGAAGGUUUUGCUGUUUUUUUUUUUUAAUUCUACCUGUAGCUUGUACAGAUAUUUUAGAUGCACUGCUAUAGACUGGAAGCUGCUGCUGCCUCCAGGUACCAGUCACUGUGUGCUCUGAACAACGGUUUGCUUCCAAAUUGACCUACAGUAAAUGUGACAGGUUGCAGCAGCUUAAUGGAAUAUAUGCAUAUCCUGAAUAAAAAAAAAUUAAGAAGAAGAAUAAGUAGAACAGGGAUCAGAUGUAAUGCCAAUAAAGCUAAUUAUAAGCCCUGUCCCUAUUGGAUACUAUUAGUAACAACUACUAAACUGCUUACUGGUCCCCAAGGUCUCCCCUGGUAAAGGUUCGGCCGUGCGGCGUGCAGGGUUAGUUUUUUUUUUUUAAAGUAACGUGAAGUAAUUCCCUUUGUGGAAUUAUAAAGAGGUAGUUCUGCAGCACAUAUCAAGAUAAGUUAACCUUCCUUUAAAACCCCACACUGCACUCCAGAAAGCACAGGAACAAAUGACCUUCAGAAAUGAGUGAGGAGGGAUUGUUCUCCCUAUUGAUGCUCACAGAAGAACUGAUGGAAUCUGCUGCCAUAAAGCAGCAUUGCACUGUUUUUUUUAUUGUCACUGUGUUUAGUUAUUGCUACUUCACUUGGUAGCCUAUUCCAUGCAACUCUGUGUAAAAAGCGUUUUCCUACCUUCACUUCUCAGCUUACUCCCUCUCGUCCUACUCUCUGUCCCAGGUUCGAAGUAGGGACUUGGGUGAAAAGGAUACCUUAACCGUCUACAUCAGCGUUGUCUUAGUAUUUGAUUUCCUACCUGUUUAAUAUUGUGUGUUCUCUGGCUACAUAUUCAGUGAGCAAGAAAGCAAAGGGGGGUGAGCAGUGGGGUAACACGGGCACCCCCAUCCCCUGACUGCAUUUAUUAAUCUGCAUCGCAAUCUUCUAGGAGGGCUGUGUAUUUUCAAACCAAGAUUUACUUUCUAAUGUACAGCUUUCUGAUCAAUAAACAUUUUUUCUAUUUGAAA